CAUGAACCUGCCUCCUGACAAGGCCCGGCUCCUGCGGCAGUAUGACAAUGAGAAGAAGUGGGAUCUGAUCUGUGACCAGGAACGAUUCCAGGUGAAGAAUCCUCCCCACACCUACAUCCAGAAACUCCAGAGCUUCUUGGAUCCCAGUGUAACACGGAAGAAGUUUAGGAGGAGAGUGCAGGAGUCAACCAAAGUACUAAGGGAGCUGGAGAUCUCACUUCGCACCAACCACAUUGGGUGGGUGCGAGAGUUUCUGAAUGAUGAGAACAAAGGCUUGGAUGUGCUGGUGGAUUACCUGUCCUUUGCCCAGUGUUCUGUCAUGUUUGACUUUGAGGGUCUGGAGAGUGGCGAUGAUGGCGCAUUUGACAAGCUCCGGUCCUGGAGCAGGUCCAUCGAGGACCUGCAGCCGCCCAGCGCCCUGUCGGCCCCCUUCACCAACAGCCUCGCUCGCUCUGCGCGCCAGUCUGUGCUCCGGUAUAGCACUCUCCCUGGGCGCAGGGCCCUGAAGAACUCCCGCCUGGUGAGCCAGAAAGAUGAUGUCCACGUCUGUAUUCUUUGUCUCAGAGCCAUCAUGAAUUACCAGUACGGAUUCAACCUGGUCAUGUCCCACCCCCACGCUGUCAAUGAGAUUGCACUCAGCCUCAACAACAAGAAUCCAAGGACCAAAGCCCUUGUCUUGGAGCUCCUAGCAGCCGUGUGUUUGGUGCGGGGAGGUCAUGAAAUCAUCCUUGCUGCCUUCGACAAUUUCAAAGAGGUGUGCAAGGAGCUUCACCGCUUUGAGAAGCUGAUGGAGUAUUUCCGGAAUGAGGACAGCAACAUCGACUUCAUGGUGGCCUGCAUGCAGUUCAUCAACAUUGUGGUGCACUCGGUGGAGGACAUGAACUUCCGGGUCCACCUGCAGUAUGAGUUUACCAAGCUGGGGCUGGAGGAGUUCCUGCAGAAGUCAAGGCACACAGAGAGCGAGAAGCUGCAGGUGCAGAUCCAGGCAUACCUGGACAACGUGUUUGACGUUGGGGGUUUGUUGGAGGAUGCUGAGACCAAGAAUGUAGCCCUGGAGAAGGUGGAGGAACUGGAGGAGCACGUGUCACAUCUCACAGAGAAGCUUCUGGACCUGGAGAAUGAGAACAUGAUGCGGGUGGCAGAGCUGGAGAAGCAGCUGCUACAGCGGGAGAAGGAGCUAGAGAGCAUCAAGGAGACAUACGAGAACACGAACCACCAGGUGCACACCCUGCGGAGGCUCAUUAAGGAGAAGGAGGAGGCCUUCCAGCGCCGAUGCCGCUUGGAGCCAAGUGCCCGGGGCCUGGAGUCUGUGGGCACUGAGGCCCUGGCUAGAGUAGGCCCUGCAGAGCUGGGUGAGGGUGUGCUACCCUCAGACCUGGACCCUCUGGCUCCAGUCCCACCCCCCGAGGAGGUCCUGCCUCUGCCUCCACCGCCAGCACCUCCCUUGCCCCCGCCACCUCCCCCGUUACCAGACAAGUGUCCCCCAGCCCCGCCUCUCCCCGGCACUGCCCCCUCAGUGGUGUUGACAGUGGGCCUGUCAGCCAUUCGAAUUAAGAAACCUAUCAAGACCAAGUUCCGGCUGCCUGUCUUCAACUGGACAGCGCUGAAACCCAACCAGAUCAGUGGCACUGUCUUCAGCGAACUUGAUGAUGAAAAGAUCUUAGAGGACCUGGACCUGGAUAAGUUUGAAGAAUUAUUCAAGACGAAAGCCCAGGGCCCUGCCCUUGACCUCAUCUGCUCUAAGAGCAAGACAGCACAGAAGGCUGCCAGCAAGGUGACCCUGUUGGAAGCCAAUCGUGCCAAGAACCUGGCCAUCACCCUGCGCAAGGCUGGUCGGUCGGCUGAGGAGAUCUGCAGGGCCAUCCACAUGUUUGACCUGCAGACACUACCUGUGGACUUCGUGGAGUGCCUGAUGCGCUUCCUGCCCACAGAGGCUGAGGUGAAGCUGCUGCGGCAGUACGAGCGGGAGCGGCAGCCCCUGGAGGAGCUGGCAGCCGAGGACCGCUUCAUGCUGCUCUUCAGCAAGGUGGAACGGCUGACCCAGCGAAUGGCGGGCAUGGCCUUCCUGGGCAACUUCCAGGACAACCUGCAGAUGCUCACACCGCAACUCAAUGCCAUCAUUGCAGCCUCUGCCUCUGUCAAGUCCUCGCAGAAGUUGAAGCAGAUGUUGGAGAUCAUACUUGCACUGGGGAACUACAUGAACAGCAGCAAGCGGGGAGCCGUGUAUGGCUUCAAGCUUCAGAGCCUGGACCUGCUGCUGGACACCAAGUCCACUGACCGGAAGAUGACACUGCUGCAUUUCAUCGCCUUGACAGUGAAGGAGAAGUACCCAGACCUGGCUAACUUUUGGCAUGAGCUGCAUUUUGUGGAAAAGGCUGCAGCAGUGUCCCUGGAGAAUGUACUGCUAGACGUGAAGGAACUGGGACGGGGCAUGGAACUGAUCCGGCGGGAAUGCAGCAUACAUGACAACAGCGUCCUUCGGAGCUUCCUCAGCGCCAACGAGAGCAAACUGGACAAGCUCCAGCGCGACGCCAAGACAGCUGAGGAGGCCUACAACGCAGUUGUCCGCUACUUUGGCGAAAGUCCCAAGACCACACCACCUUCUGUGUUCUUCCCAGUGUUUGUUCGAUUCAUUCGUUCUUACAAGGAAGCAGAACAAGAAAACGAAGCCCGCAAGAAGCAGGAGGAGGUGAUGCGGGAGAAGCAGCUGGCACAGGAAGCCAAGAGACUGGACGCCAAGACCCCAUCCCAGCGGAACAAGUGGCAACAGCAGGAGCUAAUUGCAGAGCUGAGGCGACGCCAGGCCAAGGAACACAGGCCUGUUUACGAGGGGAAGGAUGGUACCAUCGAGGACAUCAUCACAGUGCUGAAGAGUGUCCCUUUCACGGCCCGUACUGCCAAGCGGGGCUCACGCUUCUUCUGUGAUGCAGCCCACCAUGAUGAGUCAAACUGUUAACCCUCGAGCUGGGGCCCCUGACAGGCCUUCACCACCAGCCCAUUGUUGUUCGCCACCAAGCCAGGAGUACUGUACCACCCAGUGCCCCUCCUCGGGCUCCAGGUCCCCACUGAGACCCUCUUGGAAGCAGACGCACUUCAACCCUCCAAGUCCUACAAGUGCAACCAGUGGGCCUGGAGCCUUGGAUUCUGCCAGAACCCAGCAGAAGGCUAUGCUGCUCUCCCAACCGUGUCCACCCCAGCUCCCAAGGCUGGAUCUUGCCUGUGCCACUGUGGGCAUGAGGACUACAGGGGCCUGGCACACCCCUGGUGCCCCCAAUACUGCACUUUGCCCCCCAAGGUCUUUGACUGCAUUUCCUGAAGGGUAACCAAGGGUCAGCUUGGGGCUGGGAAAAACCAUGUUCCGCUUUAGCCUAUCCAGGGGCACCGAGGCCCCUCUCCUACCAGAGCUCAGAGGGAUUGAAAGGAGAGCACAACUAUCCCUUCUUUUUCUUCCUUCCUUUUUGCAGGGUCAUGGUCAGCUCUGAUCUAGAAGUGUCCAGGCUUAGGAAGCCCUGGGACCCUGCCAGUCUCAGAUCAUCUCUUAGCAGAAGCAAGUUCCUCCCAAACCUGGGCCCUGCCCAGCUGUGCCCUAGUAGUGAUAAGGGUAGGGGAGAGAGCCAGGCUCACUGCCUUUAUUCCUCGCCCACUUCAUCCUAGGCUGAUGCUGUCCCUGCUGAGGUGGGCAGAAGAGCAGAGGUUUUCUCUGCACCAGCCUUCUCUGCAGACAGCCGGAGAAGGGUGUGCCAACAUCCACACCUUCCCUUAGCUAGGAAUUUUUGGCAGGAGGCAGGGAAUAUGGUAGCGUUAACUGUUUGCUCAGCUCCCUGCUAGUUUCUCCUCGGCCCCUGGAAGGGAAUGUGGGGCCCACUUCUUUUUGUACAUGUACCACCUCUCUUCCCUCUUGUACAUAAAACCCCAGACCUUCCCUCUCUCAACAAAGGCUUGAAGCACCA